GCCUCAAACUCAUCUCACGCCGUGAAACUUCUUGAACCGUCGUAAAGCAGAGUCAGGAAACUGGAUAUCGGUCACGAUCUCCGCAUCUCGUUGCCGAGGGAACGUUCUCUGGCUCGGCCUUGAAAAUGCGGUCGUCCAGCCAGUGCAUCGGCGGCACGCGAUUAAUCGCUGUUGGUCUCGGUCUCCGGAUAACACGUUGACGUCUGCAGCUGUUGUGAGGAGCUUGUGCGCAAAAAAAGUGGCCGACAAUGACGCCAGCCAAACGUGUGUGCGUCAUAGGUGCCGGUCCCAGCGGUUUGGCAUCGGCACGACAGAUGUUGGACGAAGGAUUCCUGGUUGUCAUGUAUGAUAUGUCGGACACCGUGGGCGGAUUGUGGGCUUACACGGAACUACAGGAAGAGGGAAAAGCUUCAGUCAUGCGCAAUACCAUCAUGAAUACGAGCAAGGAAAUGAGCGCCUUCAGUGACUUCCCACCACCGCCAGAGUCGGCAAACUACAUGCACAACAAGGCCAUGCUGUCGUACUUUCAAUCGUACUCCAAGCACUUCGAUUUAGGCAAGUGCUUCCAACCAAAUAAGGAGGUCAUUCGGGUGAAGCAGGAUGAAAAUUUCGUCGAAACUGGAAGGUGGCACGUAGUGUUGAGACACACGAAGACGGGUGUCGAGAGCCAGGAGAUCUUUGAUGCCGUCAUGAUAUGCAUCGGUCAUCACGUUUAUCCACAUAUGCCAAAUUUCCCUGGCCAGGAGAACUUCAAGGGCACGAUAGUCCACACGCACAGCGUCAAGGAAGCGGACGACUUCAAAAAUCAACGGGUCGUUGUAGUCGGGUUAGGAAACUCGGCUGGCGACGCUGCUGUGGAGAUAGGAAAUGUGGCAUCGCAGGUAUACCUAUCAACUCGUCGUGGCGGCUGGGUCAUGAAGCGCGUCGGACCUAACGGAAUACCGAGAGACCUCACCGCCAUAACGCGGCUCAACAACUAUGCGCAGCGCAUUCUGCCAGAGUCAUUCAUAUCUGGCAAAGUCGAAGACAUGCUGAACGCUGCGUUCGACCAUGAAGCAUAUGGCUUGAAACCGAAACAUCGCUUCCACCAGCAGCAUCCAACGACUAACGACGAAAUUCCCAAUAAAAUUCUCAGUGGCCAAAUCAUGGUGAAAGGAAGGAUCGUGGGGUUCACGAGUGAAGGCGUCCUGUUCGAAGGCGAGCAGCAGGUGACCCCAGUGGAUGCUGUCGUCCUUGGAACAGGAUACGAGUUCAAGUUUCCCUUCUUGCCUGAAUCCAUUGUACCAGUGCACGAGAAUCGGGUUCGACUGUACAAGUACGUGAUACCACCGGACCUGCCCCAUCCGACAUUAGCAGUUAUUGGUCUCGUACAGCCUCUUGGUCCCAUCUUCCCCGUCGCUGAGAUGCAGGCCCGCUGGUUCGCUCAUCUGCUUGGUGGGAAAAUCCGGUUGCCGCAAACCACUGAAAUGCACCGAGAUAUCAACGCUAAGCAGGAAGCUGUGGAUAAACGGUUCGUUCCUUCACUGCGGCACACACUGGAGAUGAACUGGGUCGACGGCAUGGACGCCAUGGCCUCAGAAAUCGGAGCCUGUCCUAAUCUCGUCAAGUACUUCUUCACGGACCAGGCGCUAUUCUGGAAACUGGUUCUGGGACCCGCUGUUCCUUAUCAAUACCGACUGGAAGGGCCUCAUGCAUGGAAAGGUGCAAGAGACGCCAUAUUUGGAGUGAGGGCAAGGAUUGUCGCUCCUCUUAACAAGUCGCAAAAGUGGUUUACGGGGGAAGAGAGCGCAUCACGGACCGUCUGCAUCAUGAUAGGACUACUUUUUAUCGCAUUAGCUUAUGUUUUAUGUAGGUACUGUUAGCAAAACCUUUAUAAUUGUAACGUAGUAUCCUGGGAGGCACGUGUCGUACGGGCUGCGAUAUUCCGGCUGUCCAGAGUGUGUGUGAGUGCAAUACAUACACCAUUGAGUAGUGAGUUGUAAGUACAUCGUUUCGAAAUACAUUGAGCAGAUUACUCCUAUUCUACAUUUGUUGUUGUUGCGUAAAUGUUCUAAUGCAAGUUGCUCUCAUGAAAGGAAUAGUUCUGUCUCCAAGGGGCGAUUUGUAAAUUUCUAUUUCAAUGUGCAGUCAUUCCCCAAUCAACCGAACCCCAUUCUUCACCUUCUUACCAUACAUAUCAUGUAAGACUUGUGACAGCCCUGAUAAUAAAAGCGCGACCGUAGUUGAAGGGCUGCUUUUUAUCUUUCAUGUGUAAUCGCGAACCACUCCUUUCUCUGCUUUCCGCAUUCGUUUAGCCAAAGACAAAAUGUGCUGUAAUUUGUGACGCAUUAAUAGAGGUUCUUCUGCCUUUAUAUGCGAAUAAAACCAACCUUUUUCGUGUCAGA